UGAUAAGUCAGGCAUUUUUGCCUUGCUGUUGCACCACAAGUCGCUGAUAAGGAAUUUCUGUGAAUAGCGCAUACGCGAUUUUAAACGAUUAGCGGUAUUACUGUGGUAUUAGUGCUUCCCCUCCAUGGCCUUCUGCGACCGCGCUGCGUUUGCGUUUCGCUGGCUGACAUUCGAGCGUUCGAGGAAAAUGGAUGCCGUUUUAUAGUGUGUUUUUGUGAAAUUGAAGUGUGUCGUUGUGGGAAAACGCGGAGAAUUGUUGUUGUGAGGAGGUGAGAUGGAGCCGAGUUUACCUAGCGGCAAUGGGCAGAGCGAGACGUUACAGGACACUCCUACGGAAACUGCGGCCGAUAACGGACACAGAACCCCCACGACAGUCCCUAGUGUAGGUUUCGUACCCACGAGCUCAUCAAGCGACGACAUUCCACCCCCCAAAGCAGACUUCUAUGCGCCCCCUCCUUAUGAAGUUGCCACCAAAACAACUAAAUUACCCACGUAUGAAGAAGUGCAAAGGGAGAAAAAUCUAGAGGAACAAAACGUACCAAUAAAUAACAUACCGCCCACAAGGUUAACACAGUACAGAGCACCAGGGCAGAGGAUCAUCACCGUCGAGAACGAGCCAAAUGAAGACGUCGACACGAGUUUAUUAGGAACAGAUUUCAUGUUCUAUAUAGCGUUUUUCGUCGCCUUCAUUUUUAAUUGGAUCGGGUUUUUAUUGUUGAUGUGUUUCUGCCACACGAUCGCGUCAAGGUACGGCGCGCUAUCAGGUUUCGGGCUGUCUUUAGCCAAAUGGACUUUCAUAGUACAGCACUCGACGGAUUUGGCGUCUAAAGACAAUAGCUGGCUAUGGUGGUUAAUAAUGACUUUUGGUUUGAUAAUCUGCAUACGUGCUAUUCUCCAGUACUUAAGCAUCAAGCGCGGCUGGCACAUGCUUUCAGCCAGCCACCAGGAGAGGCUUCUGUUUUUUUAUUAAGCUUUAAGUGUCUCAGCACGGUACUAAAUGUGAUCAAUAAAUGCAAGAUAUUGUCAAAAUCUCAAAAA